UGGUGCAGCAGCGGGUGGGGGCGCAGCCGCGGGUGCGGCCGGUGGCCCGGCGGGAAUGGUUGCGGCGAAGGUGGGGGCGCAGGUGCAGCGGUUCACGUCAAAGUUGUUGAUGGGCGUGGCGCAGGGCGUGAAGCAGAACGUCCAGGAGAAAUUGACCAAGACCUUGAUGGAGUCGACGAUCAUGAAAAAGAUUCUGACCAAGCUGCACGAGAAGAUCCUGAAGUCCCGGGACUACCAAAAGAACAAACUGCGUUUGCGGAAUUCCAUGAUGCGGAUCUUCCAGUUAUCAAAAUAAAGAAUCCCCCCUCCCCAUACUCAAAGGGAGAUUUGUGUAGCAUGAUUUGUGAUCACAAAUCACGUUGUCAUGCUAGAAGGGAAGAGAUGCGGAUUGUAGUGCUGGCUGGCGUACUAGGAAAGCCUUGCGUCUUCAGCAUGCCAGGAAGCAACUGGAAACGGGAAACAGCAUGACAAAUUGCCUGCAAACCAGGGGGAAACUACUGCGUCUCUUGGCCUUCUAGCAAUACAGUGUACACAAAUACAGGAACACAAAUAUCGUUUUCGAUAUGGGGAGGGGGGAUUUUUCCUCACAAUACCAGUACUACUCCGACAACAUGCGAUCCGAGGAGGUGAUCCGCGAGAAGAUCGGGGAAAUCCGCAAAUGCUACGACGAGGACGACUCCAUGUCGGAUUUCAUCAACUUCGCGAAGAAAAUCCGGGAGAUGCAGGUCCAGCAGACCAUGCAGGCGGGCGCCAACGCCCAGCAGAAGGCGGACGUGAACAUGUUUGGAUCCAACCUCGGCACCAACCGGCAGUCGGUGUUCAACAGCCAAAACAUGGAGCGUUGGGCGCAGCUGGCGCCGCUGCGAAUUUUGUCGAUGAUGCACGAGUGGGACAAGAUGGGCAAGGUCGGCAAGGCGUUUUCGGAGAAACUGCUCGGCUUGCUCGCGCUGGAAAAGAUCAUCACCCAGCACGGGGCGUCGGAACUGUACCACGGGAAGCCUCUGAACGUUUUGGAACAGCCGAACGGGCGGCUCGGGAAGCAGGUCAUUGACACGAAAAUGGACGAGUUGUUGGAGCUGCUGGACAACGAAAUUAUGAACUUUUUGAAAGAAAUGAUGGAGAAAGAGUUCGUGUCCGCGGCGGUGCAGUCGAUUACCAAGCAUUUGGCCCGAGCCACCAUCGAGAAAGCGCUGGACGCCUGGUACCGGUCCGCGACGGAGAAUCUGAAGAACCACUUGCAGCAGGUCUACAAAAACAUGGAGGCGAUGCAAAAAGCCGAAAUCGACCAGGCCGCUGCGGGCGGCGGGGGAGGUGGCGCUUUGCAGACAACCGGGAUGAGCGGCCCGCAAAUCGCCCAUAUGUCGGCCGCCGGCCAGGCGUCGGUCGCCAUGGCGAGGAAGUUGGACAGCGUCGGAAAGCAGUUGGGCCUUAAUACGAAUGGUGGUGACAGUAGCAGUAGUAGCUCUGGUGGAGACCAGGCCGGCCAGGCGAACACCAGUGAGCCGCAGAUCAACAUGCAGCUGGAUGGUAUGGACACGAGCAACGUUUCCGGCCAGGACCAGAUCGGCCAAGCCGCAGGUGGCGCCCACGACCUGCAGCAGCAGGCGGGAGGCGGAGCGGCUCCUGCUCAACAACCCGUAGGACAGCCGGCAACAGGAGCUGCAUCUAGUGGACAAGCGCCGGCAGCGGCAGCCGCCGCUGCGGGAGCUGCGAAUAGCGGUUCGACUUCCGACGACGACGCCCCGCCGCUGAAGCGGACGGAUUCCGACACUGUGUCGACGUACAAGGACGCCGUGCAGGAGGCGGAAAAGGAAGAGCAGAAGAACGAAGAGAAGGUCCGCAACACGCACCCGGAAGACCUGGAUAAGAACACGGAUGUCAAAAUGCCAAACGGCAGCACCGCCAAACUGGGCGCUGCGGAGGCGCACAUGUCCGGCGAGGUGGUCCAGCAGAGCGACAAGGGCGGCUGGGCGUUUCUCCCGGAUAAUGACGCCAACAACUACGCCCAGAAGUACGCGCAGGGCAAGGCCACCGGCGGUCCGCAGCGCGACGGCGCGGUGGCGACCGCGGUGUGCAAGACCAAAGGGAUUCCGUACCGAGAUUUCGCGUACGACCCCCCGUUAUCAAAUGCAAAUAUGUCUGGGUCUGGAAAGUUGCAACUUGUCAUGCUAAAUGGGAAUCAUGCAAAAAUCUGUGUUGCAUGAGUGCCAAAAGCCGUCCACUUUCGACCAAGUUGGGAGGGGAUUUCUCAUGCAGGAUAGGCAUCACAGAGACCUCAUAGAGUCUGUCAUGAUAGGUCCCGCAUUCCAAACCUCAUGGGUCAUGGAAAACCUGCGUGACAAGUUUGCACCCUUCCAGACCCAGACAUAUUUGCAGUUGAUACCCGUACGGGUCAGACCCCAAGCCGCAGUACGACGCGAGCGGAAACUUGAUGCGCGAUGAAGCCGGGAACGUGAUCCCCGCGGCGAGGAGAAGGUACCUGCCGGGCGUCCCCGAGUAUGGCUCGGAGCUUGUCAUGGACGGCGACGCCAACACGGGCUACCCGGACGGCCACGCGAUCAAGGUGAACCAGCGCGGGGAGGACGCACAGGGCAAUCCCAUUUGGGAGCGGGACGACUCGGGCCUGCACUGCGCCACCCCGGGCCAAUGCAACGCCGACAGCUCGUUGCAGUGCGUGAAGCAAAUGAUGGAAAAGGACCCGAAGUUUGCGCAGAACAUGGGCGGAAUCAAGCUCGACAACGCCGGCGAUUUCAACCAAUACGUGGCGAACUCCAUCCGAAAUAACCCGGACUUCAAACAAAGGUACACAAGCCAGUGCGCGACCUGCAACUGCUGCGGGACGAGGUUGUUGGGAGCAACCAAGGCCGAUGCGACUUUAGGAGAGUUGGCCGCCGAGAAUAAGAAUCCGGUUGCGGAAGGAGCUCUAACGGGAGGCUCCAGCGCAUCAGGCACACAGACGCCAACAUUGCAACCAUGUAUGUGACGCAAUGUCCGUCUUCAAGUUGUCGAAUUGGCAUGUAGUGCAUAUUCAGCAUCACCGUACAGGUUCUACACUUUUCCUCUGCAUUGUGAUUUGCAAUUGUGAUUUGCAAUAGUGAUUUGCAAUAGGGCGAAAAUCUGUGGAGCAAAGAUGUCUUUCGGAUAAAAGCAGUGGACUUCGUUGAAGACUGGAUUAUAUUUUGCCAGCAUACUAUCAGCGUCAGAAACAGACGAGAACGAGACCAAGUCAGACGAGGACACUGCAGCAGCCUUAGCAACCGCAGCAACGGGAGGAGCUUCAGGUAUUUUGACUAUUUCGAUAUAGUUGCAAAUUGAAUCAAACUUACUCUUGCAGAAGAAAAGUACACGCGGAAGUGCCGUGCAGCAAUCAAAAUCCAACUCUGUAGCAGAUCAACUGAUCUGAGAUCAACUUUGCUUGCAUUCUUUCUUCGCGUAAAUUUGCUUUCUUUCUUUGCGUGCUGGUUUUAGCCGUUUUUGAAACGUCGGUAAGAUAUCUUGCUUGUGCCCUUCAUUGAUGAGCUCGGUCCGCGUGCUUUCAUCAUUCAAAAGGUGAUGGAAAUUAAGUACCUAUAUCGAAGUCAGUGUUACUUUAGCAUCCACGUGGAGCUGCUGUUGCGGCGCAUUAACGCCUGUUUGCGUUGAAGGAUGUUUUCAACAAAAGCUGACUCUGGGUGCUGCGGUCUUCGCGUGACGGACCUGAUCUGUAAGAAACCCUACCGGGAACUGUCGAAUAUUAUCCGGGUCGUCUGCAAUCCCCGGCUCCGUCACGCAAUGCUGUUUUUGCUGGCAGAGGUGGUACUUGCACCAGGACCUCGGGUAACCUUUGUACAUCUGGAAAGUCGCAAAGCGAAGCACGGGGCAGGAGAUACCGAUGGAAUGGUCUCCGGGCCGAUGAAGUAUGGAAUGGUCUCCGGGCGACCUGCAACUGCUGCGGGACGAGGUUGCUGGGGUCAGCCCCUGGCGGUGCGGGCACGGGAGUGCCGGGCGUAGGGGAUUCUACGAUUGUACCCGAUUUAACUGCCACGGGAGGAGUUGUAACAGGAGAUCCAAGCACUUCAAGCACAGCAGCGACGCAUGUCGAGCCAUGUAUGUGACGCAAUGACCGUCUUCAAGUUGUCGAAUUAUAAUUAUGGCGUGUAGUCGUGCAUAUUCAGCAUCACAGUGUACUAGGUUCUACACUUUUCCUCGUGUGUAUCUUUACAACAAAUUCAAGCAGUUCCACCAGCACGUUUUCAGCUGUAGUGCGAAGCACAACCCGUGCCUCCGACUGCCCCCAGUCGUCAGGCACGAAGGUGGUCAUGCCGUGGAGAGCAAAAAGAAAAAGUCGUGAUGCUGAAUCAAGAAAAAGAAAAUGCCAAACACCAACAUCUUCGUUGACUAAAAUUUUUGCCUUCAUACGACCAGCGACGGCCGUCGGCUCGGCAGAAGAUGGCGAGACGACAGACACCGCAGCAACAUUGGCAGCCACAGCUGGUAUUUAUUUUGAUGAAAUUGGAAGAUCCUCUUUACCUUUACUUAUCAAAGACAAAGCGCAAACACAUUCCUCCAUUUUCCACCAGGAAACAUCAUUAUUAUACCUAGUUGCUACAAUGCCUUUCUAUUUCUAAUUUGUCUUUGUCCCAUCGAAGCCUGAUUUGAGACCAGUCAUAUUUCCUCGGUGAGUCGUCAUUUUUUUCUCGUCCCUCGUCUCGUGGUUCGUCGCGUUUCUUCCUCUUCUAGUGUGUUAGUCGCGUCUCCACGAUAUACAAAAAGUCUCGGUCGCUUCUUUCCUCGUCGUGCGCACUGAAAUCAGUCUAUGAGGAUUGUGAAAAACACUCUGCGAAAUUGUGUUCCACUGCCCGGACUUUUCCGCAACUCGUACCGGCCCGGUAGCGUCGGAGGGUACCUGCAGAAUUCUCUGACCACCCAGACCUGAAACCCGAACAUGCCUGACCGCAUCAGUUUUUUACCUGGUGAGGCCUUCACGUUCCUCUUGCAUCCCACAUCGGAGACGUGACGAAUUCGAAAGAUUUUGCUUUCGGGCGCUGGCAUGAACCAAAUUACACUUGCCGGCCGCGUGUCAACAUUCAAGAUCCGUCGUCCGAAGUACAACAUGUAAGGAGGGGUAAAAGGCGCUUCUGCGAUCCCGACCUACCACUACGGCCUUCAGUGCGGAUGCUGAAAAGUCUGGCUUUUUUCAGGACACACAAUGAUGCAGGGAAAGAGAUCGGUUUUGUAGAUUGAGAAUAGCGUAGUGGUUUCCGCUCCCUGCGGAAAGUUUAUUCAAUCGGACAAAUAAAAGAUCGCUGUUUCCUCGGCAAUGCAUGUUGUGAACGAAGGGCUUGUUUUUCCAAAAGCCGCUGGUUGUUUCGUUUCUGCAGUUACUGACGUAGGUACUGGCGACUGAAUACAAAGCAAUCAAUACUCAAAGAAAUUUAACCUGAGAAAAGCCAGACAAUUCCUGUCCCAAACAUCUCCUCACAGAUGAUCAUGAUGGUGAUCCUGGGGCCGAACUCCGAGACGAAACUGGCCGCGACAAUAGUUUGCGGGAAAACUACGGUCCGACUGAAGAAUCCGAAACGUAUAAUAACUCGAAAUCAAAAGCCCAAACGCGAGCGGAAAAUCUCCCGAUCGAAGCCGAGAAAGCCAGGACGGCACGUGAACAAAAGCAACUAGCGGACAGAGAAAAACUGAAAGACGAAGCGCGCGCCAACGGCAAGCCUUUAUGCAGUGAAAAAGCCAAAUGUGCAGCUGGCGCUAUGUUUUUCUUGCAUCUGUAUUCGAUUGUUCCUGCAGAUCUUAAUCAGACCUACAAUAAGUAGCACAUAUGACAAGUCGGCAUGCACUUUGAUUUUUCAACUCCAUAACGCGAGCCAGAAUGGGACGACAGCUCCGCCAGCAAGGGUUUCGGUUUCGAAGAAAACAAGAACCAACUGGAAAAAUUGUUCAAGGAACAAAAAAUCCAGAAUUACCCCGAAAAUUAUGCAAAGUCAAUGAUGGGUCAAGUGAAGUCCGUCACACGCAACCGCAGGGGAUAUAAUGAUCAUUGCAAUUGAUUGCGUACCUGGAUGUCUGACAAUUUUGUUGGAAGAUGUCACACGUAGCUCGACUUACGCGAACUAGCUACUUAAGCUAUUCCGUGAAAUUUUCUGAAAAUUGCAUAAAUAAAACCACUUGACGCAAAUGAUUUUUUUUCCUUUCAUAAAAGUGCAAAGCCUAAGGGCAACUUCCGGUACGAUCGGGUGCAAGAAGGGACCGCGUCUGAAAGUGCAAAGUGGGUUGAAUCCGAAGAAACAACGGAUCAACGCAGCAUGUUAUCACCACGUGAAAUCAAUACUUCGAUGAGCCGUCCGCGAAAGGUUGCUAGGAUGCAUGAAAUUUGACAGCUAGAGAAACGUAGGUGAAGCUCUUUUCCGUGCCAGAAAACACCGACCUGCUCGCGUCUGUUGAUGACCACUAAAGUUGCGAUGUGAUUAUAUAUCCAUGCAUGUGAGCGCCAUAGUACUGGCACUGCUGAAUAAAGGAUGAGAAGAGUCACAGCACCACGCGACACUGCCAUCGGCAGGAAAAUUCUUUUCUGCAUGCGCGUGGAUGGUCUCGGACCAAGAGCGGGAACAGCGGAUCCAGCACUACGACGCGGAGUUGAACGAUUUGGCGCAGAGGGCCGGCGUGGACCGGGACGAACUCGAGAAAGAAGUUGACAUAUGGUACGAUAUUCACGAAAAGGACGAGAACCUCAAGCCUGGGCCGAAGGAGAGCCAACAAAGGGCGCGCAAUUAUAUCGAAACGCAGCAACAAACCGAAGAGGGUAAAGCGGCUGUAGACAUGGCGACAAAACUGCUGCGGGAGCAGAGGCGCGCCAAGGGCGACUACGUAUCCUGUGGAAAAGCACCAUGCCCGUCCCCGUUCCAGUAUAUUAAUUAGACACAAAAUAGUACAUCGCUUUUAUAUCAGAAAUCAUUUUUGUCGUAAGGCACAAGAACGGUUGAUGUUGUAUUUACUCACGCGUGAAACAAAAGGAUCGCCUUCCAAGCGCCUGAAGAAACCCUCCACCGCCCUGAGCACCUUCGUUCCUUUGUGCCGCUUUGAAGUAUCAUUUGUGAUGCAGGUUAUCUACUUUGUGAUCAUGGGGCGGGUAUCUCUUAGCACAGCAUAGUAUUUCGGAAGUCUUCGCGGAAACGAUAAACUGGACUACACCGCCCCGGCAUAUGAUGGCUGCGUCUUCAACCCUACCAAAAUCCCUGUGCAAGGCGUUCGCGUUUCUCAAAACACCGCGGCGUUCGUAUUUAGUGACCAAGUGAACACGGCUAACUUGUGUGAAAACUUCCUGCCAUAUAUAGGACAAGGGCUUUAUAAUUGAGCAUGUCUUUAUCUUUUGCAAGUCCACAGCGGGUGUUGAUUUGCCAUAAGAAACCUGAGGCCGUCACCGUAUACUUACGUGGACACGUGGCUCAUGGUCUUGCGAGCCCGCGCAUCCUCCCAAACAUUUCGCAGUCCUGAAAAAUACGCACUCACAAAUAUUAUUUAUUCGAAGCCCCCUGUCGUGAGGAGACAUGUCGAUAUAUGAGAGGCGCCUGCGCGCCCCAGGUCAGCGUCAGCCACGCAACGGAUGUCGGACAUGAGCCGGGGAAGUUUUCUAAAAGAAUAGCGGUCCAAAGCAGUGCCGUGGAGUUUGCGGCGGACGAUAAUAAAGUCAAUGAGCUAAUGCACAUCGACACGAUCCCACACGUGCAAUACACACCGACGACCUCGGGUGGAGCCCCGCUCGCUUCGACGUUGACAACAGAAGACGGAACCCAGGUUGCGAAUCCGACUUGGAACGCCUACGGCUUGACCGACGCGGACAGCGAUCCAGCUAAUGCGCCGUCGUUGUUCGAGCGAGGCGUUUUACAAACUUCUGGAGCACAGCCGGCGAACAUCAACAUGGGAAAUUAUCCCGAGGAUCAUUAUUUCCACUCACUUCCCGCCCUGGUUGAAAUGGAUAACUGUGUCAUGGGAGGCGCGCCAGCUAUUAAGUAUGCAAGGAAGUGUUCUGGGCAUGUAGUUGGAAGAUAUAGAUUCACUUUCGUAAGUCAGUGCGAACGCAUGUGUACUAGAGGUCGUUGAUAUUUACAAGCCCACGCAAGCACGCAUACCAGAAAACAAAAGCCGAACAAAAUUUGCAUAGCAAAUGCAGCAGUGCGGGAGGUGGGUGCCAGGCUUUCCUGUCAUACGCACCAGCAAACGGUAUUUUCACCGAUGACUUCAAAGUCAGGCAAGAAGAAGCUGAGAAAUUACGCACAGCACGCUACCCAAGCAGGCCUCCCCGACAGGAACGAGGGCCGAAUGAUCACGCUAGACAACCGCCGUAUGGCCGCCUUGCAAACCGGCGAAAUCGGCAAGGUCCGGAGCAACAUAUUGAAUGUGAACCACCUGUGGGGCCACCGUCGCCAGCCCACAGAUGCUAACCCGAUUACCCCAGCGGAGAGGGCGCGCAAUCGGCAAACGCAGGCUAUGGGAAUCAUCUGGGAUAGUAUGAAUCAAUGGAAUAAAUUUUCCAAUCCUAGCGGCGGAAGGGAAACCCUAAUCACAGGCGUACCGGAAACGUACACGCCCCAUAAUAGGUACCCCCUGCAACAACGCCAGAACAAGGGCACGACGGAGACGUUUGUAGAAUUUGGAAAGAAGCGCAACACGUGAGUAGACCGCAAUGCAAGUAUUUGUCCGUAAUUGACAGUUACAAGCAGUUCGCUUUCUAGGAACGAGGCUGUUUCAUGUCGCGAAAAUGAUGCAGUACCAGAACCAGAAGAGCGAAAACCUUACGCUUCAGUGCCGCGUACUGAUGAACCCACACACUCCUGCUCCGAUCUCCUCGUGGAGAGCACUGACUGAGUGUUUACUUUUUCAUUUGCCACAGCUACUUUUUAGGAUGGCGGAAAAUGGCGUCGAACUUCUGUAUCGACAAGCAUUUUUUGUUGUUCUUUGGCCGCAUCGCUGAACAAGCGAAGCGCGGGACUCACAGCGCAAAGCCCGACCCAAAGUAGACUUUUUUCUACUUUUCCCGCCUGCGGUCGCUCCAGCAAAUUAACGUUACUCCGACAGAACAAAGUUUGCUCUGCGGAACCUGUUCUUUGCUGACGUUCAAGAAUAUUUGACUGCGUUAUUUCAUCGAACAUCUAAUGACCUAAUUUCAAUCUGUGUUUUUCUAUGUACGACAGAAAACUAUCAAUAUCAAAUUGUUUAUGUACAACGGCACAACUCACAGAAACAUCUUCUACCUGUGACGGCACGUAGGAAGAUAAGCGUUUCCAUUUCAAGACAAAAUCUCAUAUCGUAAUGUGUACCUCUGUCCCGUGUGGAUGUCCACCGGACGCAAAUUUUGGCUGUUUUUAUCAAGCACAGAGAUUGAGAUGAAAGACGUGACAAUAACACAGCGAUGGGCUGCAAUGAACUAAGUUAUUGAAGCGGACAAGUGUUAU